AAGGAGCCUGGACUCGGAUGAAUUCAGAUACAACAACAUACGGUUCUUUGCGUACUCCAUGCGUCUGAAAUCUGGACGGCUUGCCGAUCCGCUUCCGGUCUUCGCCAACUGGGAUACUCUGAUAGCCUCGGUAAAUUUGAGGGGAGAUGAAGCGCGGAACACCUUUGAAAGAUUCUGCAACAAUUGCCGUCUACCGACCUCCGAUGACCCUGUGCCUAAUGAUAUAGAUAUGUAUGAUUACAGCGACGACAGUGACCUUGAAAAUGAUGAUGAUGAUGAUGAGAAUGACAAGGACUACGUGGGUGAGGACAAAGAGGAUGACGAGAGCGAAGAGGACGGUGAGAGUGGAGAGGAUGUCACGGUCGAAGAGGGCGACGAAGGCGAAGAGGGCGAAGAGGGAGACGAGGGCGAAGAGGGAGACGAGGGCGAAGAGGGAGACGAGGGCGAAGAGAGUGACGAGGACGAAGAAGGUGACGAGGACGAAGAGGAUGUCAAGGACAAUAGCAGCACCGUCUCGGAGCAAGCAACAAGCUCGGAUGAACUAACAUACUCUGGCACUGACUUCCUAAUAGUUUCUGCUGCAUAUCGGACGUGGCGAGCCCUGAUUUUCUAUCUCUGCACCGGUAAUAUACGCUUUAUGUCCUCCCAGUCAAACGCGGCGGCAGAGGGUGAUUCAAUUCCGUCGUGCUCACCCCGGUCAAUGUAUCGUCUAGCCAACAAGCUCGGCCUUGUAUCUCUGGAGAAACUUUCUCUAGACGCUAUCAAAGCGGGUCUCACCGAGGAAAGCAUUGUCAAGCGCUUGUUCUCCAAAUUCACUUCGAGGUAUCCCGCGGUACAAAAGCUAGUGAUCCAGUUCCUGAGAUCCCACCACACCUCUACAGUAACUCGGGAAUUGAAAGAGAUGGUCCCAAAAGUCUUUACGCCGAACUACUCUCACUGCAUAGGUAUUAUGGCAAGUGUGGUGGAGGUGCUGUCCGAGGCGUCUGAGAGGCCUGCCAAGCGACCUCGGGUUAAGUAGUGCACGCCCUCUUCGCCGGAGCUCAGUUUCAUCCAGAGGAGGGUUGUCCUUCGAGUACUCACGCUAAUGUAAAAUAUCUCAGCACCCCUAUAUCUAUAGUAGCCAUUAUACUAAUUGUUUGCAC